CAAUUGUUCAGCGCCACCCUUCAUGUCUUCCUCUUUGUCAUCGUCAACUAUCCACGUCCCUCUAGGGGUGCUGGAUCAUUUCUGCCCGCCCAACUACACAGCCAUUAGCUGGUAUAUUCCACUCAAAGAUGGAGUGACCCCUCAAGAAGCCUUCGCCGCCUUGGAAGACGGAUUACGAGCGACAUUCAAACAAUAUCCCUGGCUCAGCGGCAAAGUCUACAAACAAGUCUCUACAACGCCGGGAUGGCGCCCCGGACAAUUGGAGAUCCGUUACGACUCGGCCGAGCUGGACAAGCCUCUAUCGCAAUUCCGAUUCAAGGAGCUCAAAGAAGAUGAACUCCCCAUGAGUUACGAGGAGAUUCAAGAACUCGGUUUCCCCAUGGACGCCUUUCCCGACGAAGAAAUGCUCUGGGGGAAUUAUAUAAAUGUGCCCGAGGAGGAUCACGGCGCGGAGUGUCUGAAGGCUCAGGCAAAUUUCUUUCCGGGCGCUCUCCUGCUCUGCGGCGCGACUCACCAUAAUGUCUGUGACGGCACCAGUCAAUUCGACGUCUGGCGAGCUUGGGCGGCAAACUGUGAUGCGCUGCAAUCCCCGAAUGCGCCUAAGCUUGCAGACCCAGAUCCUCUGAGUUCCGACCGGGAGCUCAUUGAGCGAAUCUUGGCCAUAGAGGGGGGUACCGAGAAGAAAAAAGACGAGAUGUCGCCGGUCGCAUGGACUCUAUUAGACAUGGACCAUCCAGAUGGUGUUCAACGACCCCCCGCAACUCUCCGGUUCGACGAGCGCAUGCAGUCUGGAGUUUUCUAUAUUCCCCCGGACAAGUUCGCCGCCCUGCAUGCCAGCUGCGUCAAAGAGGCGGGCGCAGACGCGCGGAUCUCGUCCAACGACGCCAUGACUGCCCUCAUCUGGCGUGGGCUUCUUAAGGCCCGACGACAGGCGUCGUUGAAUGCCGGCCGGGCGAACGAUACCGAGCUGGCAGAUGUCAAAGCCAGACUGCAGUUAACGUUGGACGGACGGCCCGACAUCUCGCGCACCGAUGCUAUGCCGCUGGUGUAUUUGGGAAACCUCGUCUUAAUGAACGAGUGCGUUCUGUCCCUACAGCAGUUGACUGCACAAGAUACCUCGAUCGCAACAGUUGCGCGUGCCAUCCGACAGGUGGCUGAGACUGCGACCUCCGAGGCGAUGCUGGAUGCGUACGCUCUAGCGCGAGGAAUGGAUGACCUCUCCAAAUUGGGCUUGCGUCUAACACCCCUGCGUGAGUACGACUUGAUUUUGUCCUCCCUCAUCAUGUUCCCGGUCGAAGAGAUGCGUUGGGGAGGGCGAGUGUUUGCCAACGGAGGGAAGCCCGACGCGCUGCGGCCUCUCUGGGAUGCCAUCAACACCGCCGCUCGUCUGUGCUUUCCCUUGCCACGACAGACGGGGGCCGGAACGCAGUUCGUAGUGAAUCUGUUUGGGGAUGAGAUGGAGCUGCUGCUGCAAGACGAAGAGUUUGCACAGUAUGCGAUCUAUCUCUGCUCCUAG